AUGAAUGCCGAGAAUGGUAUUGAUACACUGGGACCAUGGUUCGACGGCGUUGAGCACCUCUCCAAGACCGGCCUCUCUGCACUGGAUGCCGACGCUGCCAAAGAGAAGCACGUUGCGAUCGUUGGUGCGGGUAUGUCGGGCUUGAUGACAUACCUGGUUCUCUCACAAGCAGGCAUGACCAAUAUCAGCAUCAUUGAAGCCGGCAAUCGACUUGGCGGCCGUGUUCAUACCGAGUAUCUUACUGGCGGACCUUUUAACUAUUCUUAUCAAGAGAUGGGACCCAUGCGAUUCCCUUCAACUUACAAGAGUCCUGAGACCAACGAGACAAUGAACAUCACGGACCAUCAGAUGGUGUUUCAGCUCGCAGAGGAGAUGAACAAGCUCAACAACCACGACAAGAACCUCAGUGUUGACUUCAUUCCGUGGAUCCAGAGUAGUCCAAAUGGCCUUUCGUACAAGAACGAGUUCAAGCUACCAAGUGGACUGCCCCCUACGCUAAAAGAGAUUGCAGCCAAUGCAUCACUCAGCCCUGCAAGCGUCAAUGACCCUAUGACCCAAGACCUUCAGACCAAGGUUGAUACAUUCAUGCCUGGCUCAGAGUUCAGCACUCUUAUGGCAAAGAAUAUGUUCAAAGCUCAUAAGCAAUGGCUCGAAACUGGUCUCAAUGGCCUGGGCGGUGAUCAGUGGUCCGAGUAUGCAUUCAUGGUCAACUACUUGAAGGGUAGCCUGAACAGCACUGACAUGAAUGGCGGCUGGUCUGCUUCGAGUUUCUGGGACUCGUUGUACGAGGGCAUGUAUUUCUCAGCCGCCAGCUACAAGACCAUUGAUGGAGGUCUUAAUAGGCUUCCUUUGUCUUUCCAUCCUCUUGUCGACAACAUUACAACCAUGGAACGCAAAAUUGAACGUGUCAGGUACAGCGAGACCGAAGAGAAGGUUACAUUGCAAUGGCGCAAGGAGUACAACGACACAACAUUCCAGAACUCAACUUUUGACUAUGCUGUUAUCGCAGUACCCUUCUCUGUUGUCCGAAGAUGGCGUCUUCCUAAGCUCCCCGCAACCAUCUCCAACGCCAUCAAGGAGCUGAACUAUGGGUCUGCCUGCAAGGUUGCGCUCGAGUUCUCUGAGCGCUUCUGGGAACACUACGAGAACCCGAUCUAUGGCGGGUGCAGCACAACUACGGAUAUUCCGGGCAUUGGAAGUAUCUGCUAUCCAUCCUAUAACUUGAAUGGCACGGGCCCUGCUACCAUUCUGGCAAGCUACAUCAGCGGUGACAUGGGAGUUCGGCUGGCAAGCAUGUCUGAGGAAGAUCACGUCCAGAUGGUCCUUGAGGCCAUGAUUGAGAUUCACGGAGAGUUUACUCGUGAUCUAUAUACCGGAAAGUAUAACAGAAGAUGUUGGGCGCUUGACCCUCUUGAGUCUGGAAGUUGGGCUAGCCCGACUGCAGGACAGCAUUCACUCUACAUACCCGAGUACUUCAAGACUUAUAACAAGGUAGGCAGCGCAUCAAUAUUUACGAGUCAACUUCUGACGACGUGA